AAAGAAAUGAAACUAAAAUGUUUCCAACCUACUACUCACUGAUAAACCCCAGUUUGUCCAAAUUUAAAUGGGAAGAAGAUUGUAUUAGCCUUAAAGUAUUCUGCUUUGUUUGUUUUACAUUUAUUCAAAGCUAGUGUUUCCUGGAUACAUCACCUUUGGGAACAACAAAGCUGUGAUCAACACCUUACGAAGCUCCUGGAGAAAGUGCCCGAGGUGAUCGAAAACAAAAGAAAGCAUGUCAAGAUAUGGCCACAUCCAGUGAUUUUUUGUCUGAGGACCAGUUCCAGUGCUCCAUUUGUUUGGACGUCUUCACUGAGCCUGUUUCAACUCCAUGUGGACAUACAUUCUGCAAGGUAUGCCUGACCAGGCACUGGACAGGGAAGCAGGAAUAUCAGUGUCCUCUGUGCAACAGCAAAUUCAACAAGGACCUCAAGCUAUCGGUCAACACCACAUUCAGGGAGGUUUUGGAAGGUUUUAAGAAACGUGUGACAGCUGAUGCCUCAUCUUUAGUAAAACCUUGGGAGGUGUCAUGUGACAUUUGCUCUGAGAACAAGUUCCGAGCCUCAAAAACCUGCUUGGUGUGCUUAACCUCUUUUUGUGACAAACAUUUAGAGCCUCAUCUAAGAGUAGCUGCCUUGCAAAGACACAAACUUUCAGAACCUGUUCCUGACCUGGAGGAGAAAAUAUGCAGGGAACACAACCAGAUUUUUGAGUUCUUCUGCUUGAAUGAUCACAUCCAUUUCUGUGUCUUGUGCACAGAUCAUAUUGAUCAUGACAAAGUCAAUAUAAAUGAAGCAUAUGUAGAUCAAAGAUCUUACAUCUGGAGAGGAAAAGAGAAAAUACAAGGAUCUAAAAACAAAAAAAAUGGAAAGGUACAGAAUAAGAAAAAAGCCAAAAGUGGGAGAGCUCAGAGUAUGAAGCCUAGUCAGAUUAUAGAUCCUAAUGGUUUACCAUAUGACAGAAAAGCCCCAAACCACUUGGAUAGAUGUAAAAGUAACUGUCAAAAUCAAAAUUUCUCAAAAGUGACAGAAGUGCAUGAAUUUCAAGUCAGUGGAAAUGUUGGUCUUGAUUUAGCUGUUUUUAGGGAGUCCGAUUUUAGAAUGUUGCCAUUUCUACAAAACUGGGAAAGAUAUUGUAUUUUAAGAUUUACAUUUAAGAGGAACACUCAGAGAGUACUGUUGCUUGUAAAUUAUGGUCAUGGGCUGGUGCUCAUAUUUGAUCCAGACAAUGAGAUCAUAUUGCAUCAAUUUACCGGCAGUGGAAUCAAUGAGCAAGUCUUCCCACUUUAUAUUCCCAGCAUACGUGGCUUCAUGAAAUGGAGGCAAAGCUUAAGAAGUCAAGUUAAGAAGAUGUUAAGUGAUUUAAAUGUUUUAUACUGGUUUGGUUGCUUUUUUAUUAUAACACUGUUAUCCAUUUACAUUUUACAUUAUCUUCUAAUAGGGCCAGAUUAAAACACAUCCAAGCUAUGCUUGCUUUCUCACAUUAUAUUAUUUAGCUUAGAUCAGGUUUAUUCAACGUUUUCCAGGCCAAGGACCCCCAAACUGAUGGCAAGAUGGAGCGGGAACCCCCUACCGGUAAUUAUAAGUAUUGUAUAAAAUUGUGUUAUAUCA